AUGCCUUUGGUGGAUAAAAUUGUGGCUCGAAUCCAUCAUUGGUCCUCUAGACUCCUCAGUUACACGGGUAGAAUUCAGCUAGUGAAAAGCGUAACUGCUGCAAUGGUCCAAUACUGGAUGCAAUGCCUCCCUCUGCCUAAAGUUGUGAUCAGGAAAAUUGAAUCUAUCUGCCGUAGCUUCAUCUGGACCGGUAAGAAUACAAUUAGCAGAAAAUACCCUGUGGCUUGGAAUUGCACCUGCUGCCUGACUGCUCAGGAUGGUUUGAAUCUACUGAAUCUUCAGGUAUGGAACAAUGUGCUGCUCCUGAAAUGCCUCUGGAAUCUGUGCAACAAAACUGAUAAUUUAUGGGUUAAAUGGAUCCAUACUCAUUACCUGAAGGAAAACAGUGUGAUGAAUUACGAAAUCAAAGCUUACAAUUCUUGGAUUGUUUGCGGUAUCCUGAAACAACGUGAUAACAUGGAGUUUAUCCGGAAUGAAUGGGAGCAAAUUAUAAUUACACAAAAGUUUAAAGCUUCGGUUAUCUAUAAGGUGCUGAUUGAUGAUGGCACACGGGUCCUUUGGGGUAAUUUGAUAAAGUUCAACAAGGCCCGACCGCGUGCAGUUUUUUGCUUAUGGAAAGCUUGUCAUGGGAAGCUCGCGACCAAGGAGAGGCUGAAACGGUUUGGGAUGAUUGAGGACAACAACUGUAAACUAUGCCAGGCUGAGGAUGAAACGCUGAAUCACCUUUUUUUCUCUUGUCAAGAGACAAAGCACAUUUGGAAGGAAGUGCUUAACUGGUUUAACAUUUCUCAUGAUCCUCAACCAUGGGAUGCAAAACUGGUUUGGAUCAGUAAUAACACAAAGGGAAAGGGGUGGAAAGUCGAAGUUUUGAAGAUGUUGGUAGCUGAAACCAUCUACAACAUCUGGGGAUAUAGGAAUGGAAAAACUUUUGGAAACACUGUAGAUAUUACAACCACAAUUACUAACUUCAUAGAUCAUGUGAUCUACCGAGGGUGGAACAACUGUAGGAUUAAAAAACAUCUUGUUAGUUUUAUGAUGUAA